AACCGUGAGGUGGCCGCCAUCUUGCGUACGGAGGGCAGACUUGUUUCUCCGCUCCUGAGGGCUGGGCGUUUAGUCCCUCCCGGUCUCUGCUUUGGGCCGUGUCGCCGUGCUUCUUUCACUUUCUUUAUUGAGAGGUAAAGGUCAAUGCAGAACUGUGGUGUAAGAUGCCUUAUGGUGAAAUUGAAGCUAAAUCCAUGGGACAUGGGGAAGAACUAAUAAGUGAACCAUGCUAUAAGAAAUUGAAGUCUGCUGAAGAGGCAUAUGUUUUCCCCCAUCAUGGUAAUGCUAAUUUUCACAGAAAGCAAGAGAAAACUGGAAAUGAUUGGGUCCCUGUGACCAUCACUGAUGUCAGAGGACAUAGUUAUCCUCAGGAGGACAAAGCCAAAACUACAAAUUUGCUGAAACCUGUGCAUGAUGAGAGGCUUGGUAGUAGACCAGAUGUUAUUAAUUCUGUUGAUUCACAAGUUUUACAGGAUACACGUCCUCCAUUGGUAUCCACAGAUGAUGAGAUAUAUAGCACAAGUAAAGCAUUUAUAGGACCCAUUUACAAACCCCCUGAGAAAAAGAAAUGUAAUGAAAGGAGGAAUCAAGCAGACCCUAUCAGUGGUAUAGAUGGGAAAGGAGAACGAGAAAAGAAACAGAAAUUUAAUUCUAAAAAAUCAGAGAUUGACAAUGAAUUAUUCCAGUUUUACAAAGAAAUUGAAGAGCUUGAAAAUGAAAAAGGUGAUUCAGAAAGCAGUUGUAAGGAACCUGAACCCUCUGAGGAACAACUCAUUCCAUAUUAUCAGGGCCAUAAUAAUCUGUUAAAAUCUGAAGAAGAAAAGAAAAGAGAUCUUACCACUGCCCUUCAGUCAUAUUGGGGUUAUCAGCAGUGCGUGGGGAAUGAGCCAGGUAAAUAUCCUUAUAAUCGACAAGUAAUACCUACCUUUUGUGACAAUUCAUUUGCUUCCUUCAGGCCUGAGUGGCAAUCAGUGCAUUCUUUUAUAGUACCACAAGACCCUCAUCUUCCCAGUUUUAACUAUCACUUAAAUAUUCAAAGAUUCAACCUUCCACCAAAUCCAUCAUCAAAUAUUUUCCAUGCCCAAGAUGGCUUUCAGAUGCAAAAUGGAUAUUAUGUAAAUAGUUGUCAUGUUAACUGGAAUUGUUUGACUUUUGAUCAGAACAAUGGAUAUACUGACUGUAGUGACAUUACCAGUAGUGACCAUCCCUCUAGAAAUGGCUACACUGUGCAAGAUGAAUAUGCAAAUAAUGGUUUCUGUGAAACCAGUGAAGGAUGCUGGAAAGAUCCUUCUGUGGACAAGCGUAAUGGAACUGACAGGUUUAUGAACCAGCAUUUUCAAGAGGAAAAGUUAAAUAAAUUGCAGAAGUUACUUAUUCUUUUAAGAGGUUUGCCUGGUUCUGGGAAAACAACAUUGUCUCGAAUUCUGCUUGGUCAGAGUCGUGAUGGCAUUGUGUUCAGCACUGAUGACUAUUUUCACCAUCAAGAUGGGUACAGGUAUAAUGUUAAUCAACUUGGUGAUGCCCAUGACUGGAACCAGAACAGAGCAAAACAAGCUAUCAAUCAGGGGAGAUCUCCAGUUAUAAUAGACAACACUAAUACACAAGCUUGGGAAAUGAAACCAUAUGUGGAAAUGGCCAUAGGAAAAGGAUACAGAGUAGAGUUUCAUGAACCUGAAACUUGGUGGAAAUUUGAUCCUGAAGAAUUAGAAAAGAGGAAUAAACAUGGUGUUUCUCGAAAGAAGAUUGCUCAGAUGUUGGAUCGUUAUGAAUAUCAAAUGUCCAUCUCUAUUGUAAUGAAUUCAGUGGAACCGCCACACAAAAGCACACAAAGACCUCCUUCACAGGGGAGACAGAGGUAUAUUCUUAAUGGAAUAGUUCCCCCAGCUGCUACCUGCCAUUCUGAGUUGGUCUCCAUCACAAAGAAUAAAAUGGGCAUUACUCAUCAUAUUCAACUAAGAGAAAGAGAUUUGAAGAAAACUGGGCACAGGUUCAGCAAAGCCAAGAAGAGAAACAGAAAAAGAAAAAAAAAGCAGAACAGUCAUAGUAAAAUCAUGGAGGAAAACUCAUUUGAAACCUUAAGUUAUCUUACACCAGAAGAUCAGGACCCAUCUCAGAGUGAAGAGGAAGACUUAGAAGAGACCAGAAGAGAAUCAGCGUGUUCCUUAACUGGUGGUCUGAGAAAUGAAGUAGGAGAUUUUGUGAAUGUCCAUAAAGAUGAGAGGCAGGAAAACAUAAAUUCUGAAAACAGUUUGCCACACGUUAUGUCUGUAGUUGAGUUGGACAAUACACCGAAGAAUUUCCUCCCCAAGGAAGAUGAUGACUUGUUUCUAAGUUUGUCAUUGAUGCCAAAUGAAAGCUCUGUUUCUUAUUCAACAGUGACUCAAAAUCUCUCCUAUGUAGCAAGUGAUGACUGCCCUGGCACAAAGGUAGAAAAGCAUAUUGAAAGUAGGGAUAUCAUGGCAUUACAUAUCCAAGACCGAUUUGUUGAAACCCCGUGCUCAUUUAUGCAGAAGAAAGAGAUGGUAGAUAAGAGUCUCCUGAAUGAAACAAGUCUAUACCAUCAAUAUGGAUCCAGAACUUCAGAUAAAGUUUUAAGAAAGGAACAAGGAGUAAAUACAUCUAAAAACAGUUACUGGGCUUUUUUCUCAAAUGAUUUCUCUGAUGAAGAAUUACAGUUGGGCUCUGAUAGACAACCCUAUUUUGGUAGCUGGCCUGAGGGACCUAGUAAGUUUAUAUGUGAACAGAGACCAAAGAGAAAUAGAUGGCAAAAACUGGCUCAUCCUGACAACAGGGGACAAUUGAUUAAAUUGAUCUCUCCUUCUGAAGGAGCAUCAGGACCAGCACACAGUCCUGAAACAUUGAUAGAAGAGAAGCUAUCGAUAGAAAAUGAAGAUUUAUCACCUCCAACUGAGAAUAUAGAUUCAAUCAUAGACACAGAGACAGAUAUCUUUGGAAGCCACUUCCUUAAACUGGAUAGCCUAAAGAAUGCCUUACACUCAACAAAGAAUAAAAAAAGGAGGCAGAAAAGGAUUUUCAGUUUGGCACCAAACUUUAACUUACUGGGACAGGAUCAUAUCAAUGUAAAAGAAAUGGGGAAAUGUGAAUUGUUAACAGAAAGCCAUGGAAUAAAAAUUAUUUUGGAAGAAGAAAAAGAUAUAAUUUCAGAAAUAAAUAAUGAAGAAGAGAUUAAGCAAAACAUUAUGACCUUCAGUCAUCAUCCAUCAUGGUUUUACUUUGACAUUGUCAAAGAUUCUCUUCUAAAUGUUGGCGGACAAUUUUAUUCUCAUUACCUGCUAUUUAAUAGACUAAGGCACUCUGUGUAUUUUUACAAAAGCCCCAUUCCUUCACUUAUGCUACAAUACACAUCUAGCUUUUGGAAGAUAUCUUUUACAAGCAAGAAACCGUUUUUGACUUUCAACUCUCAGAGGAGAGUAGAUGAUAAACUAAAUGAUGUAAGGUUCACUUCUUCAGAAAUUUUAAGUAGCCCACCUGAUACUUUGUACUCUUUUAGGGUCACUUCUGAUCUUUACUUUUUAAAUGGAAAUUUUGAUGAAAAGCUAGAGACAUGGGAAGAACCUAAACCAUUACAGUUCUCACAAACGGAGGAAAACCAAGAUUUAACAAACACUGACUACUUUGAUUCCCUUGAGCUACCAUUAUCACAAAAGUUUGCCUUUCAACUAGCAAAGCUAUUUGGAUCUCCUGGAGUUCCAGUGGAAUCUUUGUUGCCCGACGACUGUGUGGUUCCUCUUGACUGGAAGACACUGAAGAUGAUCUGUUUGCAGUGGAAGACGUCAGUAGAGAAAAGACAGAAGAAGAUUGGUUAAAAAAAUGAGGAUUCCUUGAAUUCUAACUAGAAAUACACAUAUACCCAGUAAAAAUGUUUUUGUUUGUUUUAAACAUGGUUCUGCUGAAAGAAGAAAGGGAAGGACUAAAGAUCUGGGAGAAGAGUUUAGAGAUUUGGAAAAUGUGGGAUAAAUAUAGGAGGGGAAGAGAUAAGAGGCUAUGAGGACUUCCAGAGAAAGGAGGUGAAGAAAUUCAUUCAUUUGUUCAACAAAUGUUUAUCGAGUUGCCUCAGUUCAGACGUUGUUCUACACACUGAGGAUAUAGCAGUGAAACCAUUCCUGGCCUCAUGGAGUUUAUGUGAGGCUUCCCCUCAGUGUGACACCAGUAUAAGCAGCAUGCAACAAGCAUGGGUAUAUUUGGCAGUAGCUAAUUCCAGAGUGUUUUCUAUCUGCUAAUUUUGUGUCAAGGACACUUUAUGGACCAUACUUUUUUGAUUUUUAUGUUCAUCUUCUACAUUCAUGCUAAACGAACUGCCCUCUUUGAACCUCACAGAGCAGUCAUCCCUAAUCAUUUGUCCUCUCGUUGGGGAAUUUUAUGAGUGCUGUAGCACUGUACAGGUUUUUUAUAAUUGUAAUGAGAAUGGGCCUCCUAGUUUUGUGUUUGGCAUAAUGAUCAGUGGGCAUCAAGGGGUAAACAGAAAUUUAGAAAGCAGGAAAUAGCAGGAGAAUGUGGUUGGCUCUGGGAGCCUCAAAUCCCUGCCUAUUUCAAAAUCCUCUUCCUGCUGGUGGCCAGGGUGUUUAUAUUGCCUUACUUCUUUAAGGACAUAGGGCAGAGUGCCGGAAAGAGGAUGCGUUCGCAUCUUGAAGCUACUGCUGACUGGCUAUGUGACCUUAAACAAAUUACCCUCUCAGAGCCUCAAUUUCUUCACCUGCAAAAAAAUUACAUUUAUAAUACCAACGUGUCAUGGGGAUAAUAAAUGAGGAUUAAAUGAAAUAACUUGUGCAAAGUUCUUAGCAUAGUGCCUGAAAAAUAAUAGGCUCUUAGUUAGGGUUAAUUCCCUUCCCCUAAGUACCUUAGUUGGUUACAGCUUUGUCUUUGAAAUGGCCCUGGCAAAAUAGAAAUUGUGUUAUCUAGGACAGGGGCCUCCAACCCCUGGGCCUUGGACCGGUUCAGCUCUGAGGCCUGUUAGAAACAGGCCCGCACAGCAGGAGGUGAGUGGCAGAUGAGUGAGUGAAUCUUCUUCUGCACUCCCCAUCACUCACAUUACCACCUGAACCAUCAUAUAUCCCCCCACCCCGCCACCAUCCGUGUAAAAAUUGUCUUCUACGAAACUGGUCCCUGGUACCAAAAAGGUUGGGGACCACUGAUCUAGGAGAGCAACAUAUCGACUCAAUAAACUUGUUAACACAUUUGCAUGAAUUAAGUGUAUUUAUUAUUAACUUUAUAAUGUAAAUAGCUGGGUCAUCAGGGAGUGGGACAUAGACCAGGUUUUGAUUUAGAGACAGGAAGUUGGGUAUAAUCAGGAGGACAGGCUCUUGAAUGAGGCAGGACCAGGCAGGGUGCAGGGCUGUGGGGACAAUGUAAAGUUCUAGAUGUGAGGGGGUGGCAUAAAUAGGUCAGGAGUUUGGGAAACUGACAGCAAACUCCAUUCAUGUCACUAUUUUGUCUGGACUUGUCUGGGCUUGU